AUGCCCUGGAUAAUUGGAGGUGACUUCAACGAGAUUGCGGCCUAUUCUGAUAAAUCCAACUUUUUUAACAUGGAUGUAAGACGAUGUAGAUUCCAAGAGGUGAUACAGAGUUGUGAGCUCAUUGACUUAGUUGGUCCAAAAUAUACAUGGUGCAAGUCUCCAAGAGGACUAUCCACAGUUUGGGAACGAAUUGAUAGAGUUUUAUGUACAGCAUCCAGGAAAGACUUAUUUCCUGUAGUAGUUGUCCUACAUCUUUCAAGGGUCAAACAUGGUCACUGCCCGAUUCUCUUAAACACUGAAGGAAUUUGGAAUCAUAAUUCCGAUGACUUUCCUGUCAAAUUGGAUAACCUAGCUACUACUUUAGUCGAGUGGAAUAAAUCUACAUUCGGGAAUAUUUUCAAUUCUAAACGAAGAAUCCUUGCUGGAAUUAGAGGGGCACAAAAAACUUUAUGCCAAAGCUCAAAUCCUUUUCUUUAG